CGGGUCUAGUCGGGACCACUGCCACACCUAAAUUGAAUACUCAAGCAAGACGAGGCGGAGUCAGCAGCUCGUUUGCCACAGCCGGAUGUUAGAACGCAACAUUGUUGCAGAUCAGUGGCCGCAAGAGAGAGAGUGAGAGUUUGAAAUGGAGAAUGGGCAGCGUGAAGAGGAGGGUGAACACAGGGUUGAAGCAUGGUUUUCUGUACCGGAUCUUCGCAUGCGUGACCAUACAUUCAGAGUACCUCUUGAUUACACUGCCAUUUCUCUAACCUCCAAAAUUUCCAUCUUUGUCCGAGAAGUAGUUGCUGUUGGGAAGGAAGAACAAGAACUACCUUAUCUCCUAUACCUACAAGGUGGACCGGGCUUUGAAAGUCCACGACCAACUGAAGCUAGUGGAUGGUUAAAGAGAGCAUGUGAAGAGUUUUGUGUUAUUUUACUUGAUCAGAGAGGGACAGGCUUAUCAACUCCUUUGACUGUAUCAUCUCUUUCUCAAAUAACCUCUCCUGAGGAGCAGGUGGACUACUUGAGGCAUUUCCGUGCAGACAAUAUAGUGAAUGAUGCAGAGUUUGUUCGUGUACAUCUUGUCCCAAAAGCUGAACCUUGGACAGUACUAGGGCAGAGCUAUGGAGGUUUCUGUGCAGUUACCUAUUUGAGUUUCGCUCCGCAUGGCCUAAAGUCUGUUCUUUUAACUGGUGGACUGCCCCCUAUCGGAAAUGAAUGCACUGCUGAUACCGUAUAUAGAGCUUGCUUUGAACAGAUUCGGCAGCAGAAUGAGAAAUACUAUAAGAGAUUCCCUCAAGACAUUGAAAUUGUUCGUGAAGUUGUAAAGUACUUGGCAGAUUGUGAAGGAUGUGGGGUGCCACUUCCAUCUGGGGGCAAAUUAACCUGUAGGGGAUUGCAACUUCUUGGCCUUUCAGGCUUGGGGUCUAGUACUGGUUUCGAACGCCUGCACUACCUGUUUGAAAGGGUGUGGGAUCCUACUUUAGUGCCAGGAGCAAAAAAGCAUAUCAGCUACUACUUCUUGAAGAGUUAUGAGAAAUGGCUGGCAUUCGAUACAAAUCCCCUCUAUGCUCUAUUGCAUGAAUCCAUAUAUUGCCAAGGUGCUUCAUCACGAUGGUCUGCUCAUAGAAUAACAGCCGAAUUUGAAGAUGCAUUUGAUGCAGUCAUGUCAGCUAAUGGUAUCCGUCCUGUGUUCUUCUUGGGAGAGAUGAUAUUUCCAUGGAUGUUUGAUGAGAUAUAUGCCCUAAACCAUUUCAAAAAGGCUGCUCAUCUAUUGGCCGUGAAGGAAGAUUGGCCUCCACUAUAUGAUGUCCCUCAAUUGAAUAAUAAUCAGGUGCCAGUUGCAGCUGCGGUAUACUAUGAAGACAUGUACGUAAACUUUAAACUUUCUGUUGAAACUGCCAAACAAAUUGCAGGCAUCAGGUUAUGGGUAACCAAUGAAUACAUGCAUUCUGGAUUACGUGAUGGGCAAGGUCGUGUUCUGGAUCAUUUGUUGGGGUUGUUGAAGGGAAAUAAGCCCUUGUUUUGACUGCAUCAGUCGCCCCCUUGUUUUACUUUCACGGUACAUUUUUUACUUUCCUUUUGUUUUUGUAUUUUUGUUUUUGUUAGGUAGUUUGGUAGUAGGAAUUGAACUUGAGAUUUAGCAUUGCUAAAGUGCACAGCCAACCACUUAAGCCCAAGCCCAAUUCCCUUUAAAGUAGGUUGGUUUUUUUUGGGUUUUCUUUGGGGACGAUGUUCAAAGGCUUGAAACCUUGACCUCAUUCGCCCAAACUGAUAUGUCUACCACCAAGCUAAACCUCAAGGGACGUCAUUGUAGGUUGUUAUUCUUAUAACUUUUCUUUGAGUUUUCGUAUUAUUAAUAAAUUGCAGUGUGUUCACGUGUCA